GAGCUGCCGAGCGGGCUGUCGGCCAUUUUGUGAAGCGGCGAAAGAGGUGGUGGCUGCUGUGGGCUCCGGGAAGCCGUUCGGGCUGGGGCUGUCGGCCGCGGGGCGGAGGCACUCGCGCGGGGGGUAACUCGGGUCUGGGUUCGGGUGCCGCGCAGCUCUCGCCGGAUUGACUUGGCCUCUACUUCUUGUUAAGAAAAUACAUCUCUUGUUUUAUCAGGUGUGUGUGGUUUCAGCGCAGCAUGGCUGUGGUCAUCCGUUUGCAAGGUCUCCCAAUUGUGGCGGGGACCAUGGACAUUCGCCACUUCUUCUCUGGAUUGACCAUCCCUGAUGGGGGCGUGCAUAUUGUAGGGGGUGAACUGGGUGAGGCUUUCAUCGUUUUUGCCACUGAUGAAGAUGCAAGGCUUGGUAUGAUGCGCACAGGUGGUACAAUUAAAGGGUCAAAAGUAACACUUUUGUUGAGUAGUAAAACGGAAAUGCAGAAUAUGAUUGAACUGAGUCGUAGGCGUUUUGAAACUGCCAACUUAGAUAUACCACCAGCAAAUGCUAGUAGAUCAGGACCGCCACCUAGCUCAGGAAUGAGUGGCAGGGUAAACUUGCCUACAACAGUACCUAACUUUAAUAAUCCUUCACCCAGUGUAGUUACUGCCGCCACAUCUGUUCAUGAAAGCAACAAAAACAUACAGACAUUUUCCACAGCCAGCAUAGGAACGGCUCCUCCAAAUAUGGGGGCUUCAUUUGGGAGCCCAACGUUUAGCUCAACCAUUCCGAGCACAGCGUCUCCAAUGAACACAGUCCCACCACCACCAAUUCCUCCAAUCCCAGCGAUGCCAUCUUUGCCACCAAUGCCGUCCAUUCCCCCGAUACCAGUUCCUCCUCCGGUACCUACAUUGCCUCCCGUGCCUCCUGUGCCCCCUAUUCCCCCAGUCCCUUCUGUGCCACCUAUGACCCCACUGCCACCCAUGUCUGGCAUGCCACCCUUGAACCCGCCACCUGUGGCACCUCUACCUGCUGGAAUGAAUGGCUCUGGAGCACCUAUGAAUCUGAACAAUAACUUGAACCCUGUGUUUCUGGGUCCAUUGAAUCCUGUUAACCCUAUCCAGAUGAACUCUCAAAGCAGUGUGAAACCGCUUCCCAUCAACCCCGAUGAUCUGUAUGUCAGUGUGCAUGGAAUGCCCUUUUCUGCAAUGGAAAAUGAUGUCAGGGAUUUUUUCCAUGGGCUCCGUGUUGAUGCAGUGCAUUUGUUGAAAGAUCAUGUAGGUCGAAAUAAUGGGAAUGGAUUGGUUAAGUUUCUCUCCCCUCAAGAUACAUUUGAAGCUUUGAAACGAAACAGAAUGCUGAUGAUUCAACGCUAUGUGGAAGUUAGUCCUGCCACAGAGAGACAGUGGGUAGCUGCUGGAGGCCAUAUCACUUUUAAGCAAAGUAUAGGACCUUCUGGACAAACCCAUCCCCCUCCUCAGACACUUCCCAGGUCAAAAUCGCCCAGUGGGCAGAAAAGGUCAAGGUCAAGAUCACCACAUGAGGCUGGUUUUUGUGUUUACUUGAAAGGGCUACCAUUUGAAGCGGAAAACAAACAUGUCAUUGAUUUUUUUAAAAAGUUGGAUAUUGUGGAAGAUAGUAUUUAUAUUGCUUAUGGACCCAAUGGGAAAGCAACUGGUGAAGGCUUCGUAGAAUUCAGGAAUGAGGCUGACUAUAAGGCUGCUCUCUGUCGUCAUAAACAGUACAUGGGCAAUCGCUUUAUUCAAGUUCAUCCAAUUACUAAGAAAGGUAUGCUAGAAAAGAUAGAUAUGAUUCGUAAAAGAUUGCAGAACUUCAGCUAUGACCAGAGGGAAAUGAUGUUAAAUCCGGAGGGGGAUGUCAGCUCUGCCAAAGUCUGUGCUCACAUAACAAAUAUACCAUUCAGCAUUACCAAGAUGGAUGUUCUUCAGUUCCUAGAAGGAAUCCCAGUGGAUGAAAAUGCUGUACAUGUUCUUGUUGAUAACAAUGGGCAAGGUCUAGGACAGGCAUUGGUUCAGUUUAAAAAUGAAGAUGAUGCACGUAAGUCUGAACGCUUACACCGUAAAAAACUUAAUGGGAGAGAAGCUUUUGUUCAUGUAGUUACUCUAGAAGAUAUGAGAGAGAUUGAAAAAAAUCCCCCUGCCCAAGGAAAAAAAGGGUUAAAGAUGCCUGUGCCAGGUAAUCCUCCAGUUCCAGGAAUGCCCAGUGUGGGAAUGCCCAGUGCGGGAAUGCCCAGUGCAGGAAUGCCCGGUGCGGGAAUGCCCGGUGCGGGAAUGCCCGGUGCGGGAAUGCCCGGUGCGGGAAUGCCUGGUGCGGGAAUGCCCGGUGCAGGAGGUGAAGAGCAUGCCUUCCUGACUGUAGGAUCUAAGGAGGCCAGCAAUGGGCCUCCAUUUAACUUUCCUGGUAAUUUUGGUGGGUCGAAUGCCUUUGGGCCACCACUCCCUCCUCCAGGAUUAGGAGGGGCCUUUGGUGAUGCUAGGCCUGGUAUGCCUUCAGUUGGAAAUAGUGGUUUGCCUGGUCUAGGACUGGAUGUUCCAGGUUUUGGAGGUGGACCAAAUAAUUUAAGUGGGCCAGGAUUUGGAGGAGGCCCUCAGAAUUUUGGAAAUGGCCCUGGUAGUUUAGGUGGCCCCCCUGGCUUUGGAAGUGGCCCUCCUGGUCUUGGAAGUGCCCCUGGGCAUUUGAGUGGGCCACCAGCCUUUGGGCCUGGCCCUGGGCCUGGCCCUGGCCCAAUUCACAUUGGUGGUCCCCCUGGCUUUGGAUCUAGUUCUGGAAAACCAGGACCAACAGUAAUUAAAGUGCAGAAUAUGCCCUUCACUGUGUCUAUUGAUGAGAUUUUAGAUUUCUUUUAUGGCUAUCAAGUGAUCCCAGGCUCAGUGUGUUUAAAAUACAAUGAAAAAGGUAUGCCCACAGGCGAAGCCAUGGUGGCCUUCGAAUCUCGGGAUGAAGCCACAGCUGCUGUCAUUGACUUAAAUGACAGACCUAUAGGCUCAAGGAAAGUAAAACUUGUCUUAGGGUAGCUGUUCACAUCAAUUCUUUAUAGGGUAGAUUUUCAUAGUGCUGUGAUUAAUGCAUCCAGAUUGUUUUCCUAGUAUUUCCAGGUUAGAACCUGUGGAUUGUUUCAAUUGCAUAUAGAUUGGUUUCUAUAACAUAGAGCAUUGGUUGACUGUUUACAGAAGACUCACUACCAGGAUAAAUACUGCUGUAUGUUACAGUAAAGCUGUCUGGAGAGAACACAAAAAUGAUUUUGGCGUACCAUUAGAGAAACCAUUUGUAAAACACAAAUGACCACAUAAAGCUUAUCAAGGAGUUUAGAUUGGUUUUGUUUUAUACCAUAUGGGAUGAAGAAAAUAGAAAUGUCAAUAGAGCUCAUUAAGGGUGCUCUUGCCAGCUGCUGAAAAAUAGAAGUUGGCUACUCUUGGAAUUUGGUUUAAAGCUGGACAGAUUUGCUUUGUUAUAGGGUCAAAGCUUUGUCUAAAGUCCUCAUUUUCUUUUAAAAUUGAAUAAAAUCUCUGUAUACAGAUUCACUGUAUGUACCUUUAUUGCUUCUUGAGGGUUCUUGCUGUAUAGACAGUCCUGCUUCUGAAGUUGCUGCUUUUUUGUUUGCCUAAUUGACUCAUUUGUAAAUGAGCAGAACUGUUUUGUUGUUGUUGUUGUUGUUUUAAUAUAAAACUCCACACUUGGUUUGUCCUAUAACCUUGAACUUUGAUUUCUAAUGUCACACUUAAAACUGUGUGAAAUAAGUACUUUUGCCAGAAAAAUAAAAUAUGGAGUCCUCUACCUACCAGAGCCUUUUUGGUUUGACCGCCAUGUUUUAGUUUAGUCAGUUUAAAAAUUGUUCAUGUUGUUUAGAUGGCAUUGAAAACCAGAAACCACUUCUAAUAAUCAUUGUUUAAGAUGCCAGAUUUGAAGUCCUGUCCAUGAUGGACUAAUGUUCUGGCAAUUUCCUUCUGUCCCAAAUUUGUGUGAAAUUUUGGCCUGUAACUAAACAAAGAGGGUCCAUUUAUAAGAAAGAGCAUUAUAUCUAGGUUUUUUAAAAACUGAAGUUGAAAUUGUUAGCUUUGUUAGCAGUAGUGUUAUAGAAUAAAAGAUUCAUAAGCUGUUCCAUAGAUGUGCAUUUAAUCCUGUUACUUGGAGGCUUUUUGGUCUAGUUGUUUGAUCAGGAGCCUGUUCAUAAAAACUCUUCAUACAGAGUACAAGUGCAGCUGCCAGAGGGGAGAGAAUUGAGACUCCUUGCCCUUUCAUACUCUUCUUUGGUAUUCAGGACACUAAGGCAGGAGGACCACAUGGGUUCUGGUUGGUAAGUGUCCUUGUCAUGAAAACAUUUGCCUUACAACAUCCUGCUCACUGCUACAAAAGGCUCUACUUAUGGUUACUUUCCUUCUUAGUUAAAAUGCUCUAAAGAUGUGUCACAUUAUAUUAUAAACAUAUGGAAUGGGAGAUUGGUGAGAUAUCAUGAAAAACAAAUUUUGUCUUUUACAUGGGCCUCUGUCUUGGUUUGAAAUAUCCCCAACAUUUCCUGCAAAUCAAUGUACUUACAAAGGGGUCAGCCUUUUAAAAGAAGUAUUUCCUAUUAAAGAAAAUAGUGCCUUUUUGGUGUUGCAAGUUAGUGGAACACUGAAAUACAGCGUCUCGUGUAAUUUAGAGUUAAGAGUGGCAGCAGUUUCAUUGCGUGAUAAGAUUUGGAAAGCCUUUUCAUCACUACAAUCUUAGAGGAUUGACAGUACAGGAUUUUUUGUUUAGGGAAAGGAUUGUUUAGACUUUCAAAGAAGACAUGGCUGUGUUGUGGGUCUUUUGACAAUUCAUGAAUACAAAUUUGCUUUGACAGAUCACUAGAUAUUGCCUCCUCAACUAAAAAAGCAAUAUGAUGUUUAUAUAUGCUGUUCAAUUAAGUUUUCUGUUAAGUAAUCAUUUCUCAUUCCAAAGACCGAGUGCAGAAAACUUCAGCGCUGCUUGGGAGUCUUAUUUCAACUGCAGAUUAUUUUCCCAUUGGAGAGCUGACUAUUUUCAUUUUAGAAAAAUGGGUUGUUUGAAGAUAAAAGUCUUUUAUCUUUUUUCACAGUUUAUUUUGGUUAUAUGUUCGUACAAUCUUAUUAAAUAUUUCAUAUACUUUAUUGCAACUACUUUGUUAUUUCUACAUCUUAGAUAAAUGCUGAAAAGGAAAACUUGAUUUCAUUGUUCAUCAAAUUAAAUAAAUUAAGAAAAUAGUGGUUUGUGUAGAAUUUGGAGAGAACUAUGUUUCAUAUUUGGUUGAGUCACAACAGUGCUUCUCUCGUUGUGAAAUGUAAUUAAAUGCUUUGCCCUAUGGAACUUGAUUUUUGUGUAUCUGAGACUUAUUAAUAGAGUGCUAACUGCUAAGCGUACUGUUCAUCUUGUUAUGGGCAUUGGAGUUUGAGUUUAAAAAAAAUUCUUGAAAAUAUGUUCUGUGCAAUUACUCAUACCUCUCUUCCUGCAAACUUUCUCAGAAAAACUAGGUUCGGGGUGAAAAUGAAUUUAUUUUCUCAUUUGCUUUGUAUGGUAUGAAGGAUUUGUAAAGCUUUGCUCAAAGUUGUGUGCAUUUGUAAACACUAUCAUGAUAUUUUCAAUUUUAUGUGUAAAUUUUGUCUUUGGUGACUGACAUGAAUGGAAGAGAAUCUUUUCCAUUAGGUUUAAUUCCUCCCACCCCCUUGCCGCCGGGGUGUUUUGGAUUUUUUUAGUUCAAAGGAUUAGAGAUAUCUACGAAAUGUAUUUUAUAAAUAAGCAAAUUUGUAAACUUUUUCUGAACUUCAGUGAAACAUUUAGUUCACAAGCAAAAUUUGGAGGUGUAUUCUGUGUUUAAUACUGUAGUUUGGAUGUACAAUUAUUAGUGGCUUAAAAAAAAAAAAAGCAACACUGUUAAGUAAAAUGUAGUUCCUAGCUUUGUGCUCCAAGUUGUCAAAGCAUCAACCGUGAAAAUUUCAUUAGGGAAAUUUUUAUUCAAAAUUUCAGAGAGUAAUGUUCAGUGUAAUUAGGUCAGUCUUAACCCACUGGAUGAAAAUCUAGGGCUGUAUGUGGACAUAAGCAAACAUACCUUGGAUAAAAUAAGGAUCCAUGAAAGCCUUAAUCAAACUCAAAGUCCUUUUUAUUGGAUUCUGUCAUUGUGUACAGGUGUGGGUCAAAUGUUUAAAAAUAAAUCCACUCAUCAAUUUCAAGAACACUUAAUGAAUAAAGAAACCAUAAAGUUGCUGCUAGUUAAAUCUGUAAAGAAUUUCUAGCAGUGAUCACUUUUAAAACUUACUUCCCACUCUUGCAAAAUUACCACAUUUAGUUUUACUGGCAGUUCUAUAGUAGUCCAAGCGUUAGAAACCAAACACAAUAAAAUGAUUCAUUGCCAAUAUGGCCACAACAUUGCCAGCAAAUUACUGCCGUGGCAUCAUUCAGCAGAGGUUUUUGUUUAUAAAGAUGAAGUCUUGAAUACUGUUCAAUAAAAUUGUCACAAAAUAAAAGAGGCUGAUGCUUUUAAUGCUUUACACAAGAGUACUCUACUGAGCUAUACCAUCAGGUUUUUUGUUGUUGUUUUUUAACUCCUACAUAUAUUUUGUGCCUUUGGAAAGGUGGAUUUGGUGAUCUUGGAGGUAACCAUUGUUGCUAUCCUUGUCUGCUAAUGCUCAAGUGUGGAAAGAAGAUACCUGGAACGGCAGGGAGGAAACUUGAUUCUAGGUCAAAUCUGUGGUAUCCACCUUUUCAGACUUUUAUCUUGUAUGCUUUGCUAGCAAGCCACUUCGUUAUGUGGACUCAGAAAGAACCAGAAACCAGGUGCUCCUUUUUACAGAAGGUGUCUUAAAGGAGGCUAUGAAUUGUCUUUUUAAAAAACUGAUUACUUUAAGAAAUGGGGAAAGAAAUCUUCAGAAUACAUUGUCAAUUGCACAUACUUUUAAUUAGAGCUUUUUCUUUUUUGUUUACUUACUCUUGCAUUAGUAUGUAUUUUGAGGUGGGGAAGUGGGGAGAGGAAUCAAAAAUACUGCUGCUUUCUGACAUUAAUGUUCUGGUUUUGUCCCUUCCACAUUUGUUCAACUGCUAAAAAAAAAAAAGUAGCAAAUGAAAAGUUUCCAUGAACUCCAGAGUCCUUUUAAAAAAAACCUGGAUUGGAGUUGCCGAGAAAUUAGUGGGCUAUUCCUUUUAACCAAAGCUCUUGAAAAAUAUAUAUAACUUUUACCUCUAUCAUGAGUUUUUAGCCUGUAUUUGAGUUUCAAUACCCAGGUUGUUUUAGAGGGGUUUAGACUUAAACAUACUUAAUUCCAGGUGGUUGCUGAACUGUUCUAAAAUUAUGAAGGUUUGACUAAGCAUUUGAAAAAUCGCAGAGUGAAAUCAGCUGCCUACAGAUACCCAGAAUGGCCUUUACCAUCUUAAAAGGAUAGACUGUAUGCUAAUAAUAUGUUUCGUUUUCUUGCUCAGGAGAAAACUCUCACUUUAAUUCAUUGUUGUCUGCUUUCCAGUGUUUUACAACAAGAAAUGGUUUAUCAGUUAUGAGCAUCGCCACCAUUCUCCUUACCCCCCAAAAGUAGAGCUUUUAUAGGAUAUGAUAGAGUCCAAACUUACGACUAAAAAAAUUGCUUGAUUGCAGUUUUGUCUUUUUAGUAUAAAAUCUGAUAGAUCACAUUGACUUUGACUUACUCUAAAAUUUCUGGAAUGAGUGUAUUCUGGUGGUGGCACAGUUCUCUGAUGCUGUAGUGACUUUUCUGGAAAAACCCUUCUGUCCGACAGUAUGAGCAAGUUCAUCUCUUAAUGGUGCCUGUUCAUGUAAAUGUUAAUUCUUUAUUGUGCUGUUUCUGGGUUUAUUCUUGUUGCCUUGUGCUACUUUGUGCCAGAGGAUCUCACAAGCAUCUUAGAAUAUGGCUCCUUUUCUGGAUCAACAUAACUAACAACGAGCAACUAAGGUGGCACUGCUUUUCUACAUACUGCUCUACUACUGAAGAGUCCAGAAGGGGCAAAAAAGCCACUUGGUGAAAGCAUUCUAGCCCCAGGGGCAGAAGGGCAGCACUCUAAAAAUCUGGGGGCAGCAAAUAGUGCUGGGGAAAAUCUCAUUAACUAUUAUCUUUUAAAGAUUUUUUUUUUUAAUUUAUUCAUUUGAGACACAAGAGAUAGAGAGAGAGCAUGAGCAGGGGGAGAGGCAGAGGGAGAGGGAGAAGCAGGCUCCCCGCCAAGCCAGGAGCCAGACGUGGGGCUUGAUCCCAGGACCCUGGGAUCGUGACCUGAGCCGAAGGCAGAUGCUUAACCAUCUGAGCCACCCAGGUGCCCCUAACCAUUGUCUUUUAAUUCUGAGAGGCCCAGGGACCUUCCCCUAGUGAAAAUGUUGAUAGUUAAGUCCUAGAGACUAAGGAAACACCAGUUGUGGGUUAAAUGACACAGCAGACAUUGGAAUUGGCAUCCCAGCUGUACCAGACAAGUGGAUUCUGAUUUUAGUAGCUUAAUAUUUGAGGUCAUUUUUCCUGAUGAGCCAGUGGCUUGCUAUUUCAUGUUGAGAGGAGGAGGAGGCGACUAUUGGGGAAAACUAGAGCCAUAACCAGCAAGAGAACAUAAUUCAAUAUGGACAGUCAGAUAUUGAAGAAGCAUAAAACAUUCCCAGGAGUGAGCUGUGCUAUAUUCAAACAGGCUGCCCCUUAGUGUUUCAUUCCUUCUCCGUGCUGAUGCUGCCAGUUUUUCCCUUUUCCCUGCUUAUAAUAGUAAGUCUGUUGGUAACCAGGGCUAUGAGUUUCUCACUGCUAUUUCUGUAGCCUAGCCGCCUAACUCGGAGUGGGGUGGGAGGAGGAAUGUGAGCUCACUCACAGUUCUUGAUUAGUGAAUAAGAUUUAUCACUUAAGCAUGUGUGUUACAUGCCAGAUGUAACGGCCACAUUGUGCUACCGUAAGUCACCUGUUAGUCCUUGCAGAGUGGGGAAGGCUUAAGGGUAAAGAUAUUCAGCUGCUUAAGGGGUCUUAAAUCAUACUAACUGGUGCUGUUGCUGAUUUCAUUUUUCUUUUGUUCCACUUGGGAGUGAGUUAAUGCUAUCCUCCACUACACUCCCCCACAUACUGUGUUGCUGUACAGAGAUGGUUAUGUCCUUUAUACAUAACUCCCUUCUGUGGUGUGGGCCUAUGGGACCAGUAGGUCCCUCUGCUAUAAAUCUGGCUAAAGUGGAAAGACUAAUGCAGCUCUUAUUUUCUGAAGUAGAUACUGCCAAUUAUCUUUACUUCUGUGACCACUGAAUUGACAGGUUGGAAUUGGAAAUGUCUGUUGCCUCCAAGCUUUUAAGACAGUUUUACAUGGAUAAUCAGCUUUGCCAUAGCAGUAACCCAUGUUAACUAAAUUUUUUGAGCAGGGUUACACACCCAGCACUUCCACUCUGUGAUAGAAAAGGAAGCAAAAUAAGAUGCUUGUUCUUAAAGACCUAAGGUUUUAAAUUAUACAAGUAAGUGCUCUGUUGUACUUGUGCAUGUACGAGGUACACUCAUACCCUACAGGAACUGGAUGGAUAAAGGUUUCCUGUAUAGUUGCUGAACAAGUAUGAUGGAAGUAUAAUGGAAGCCUUGUGUGUAAGCUGAGGAAAGGCAUGAUCUCUAACCAAGAUUCUUGGGGACACAAUAUGUUAAUUUAGUAAAAUGAGAUGUUUAAUAGUGAGGGAACACAGUGGCACUAUCUAAAAUGUGUUUGUCCUGGAAGCUCUUAAAAUUGUUCUAUAACAGUGAGCCUGAGUGGCGUGACUGAGCUGAAUGGUGAGUAAGGCAGGCAGGUGAAGGUUGUACUGGGGGGGUGUCCUGACCUACCAGAGGGAUAGAACGUUUUAUCUUUUUAAUAACCCUUUGAUUAGCUGCCAUAUUACCACUUCUUACAAACAGAUGGCCUAAUAAGACAUUCAUAAACGCUUCAGAAUUAAGUGAAUUUCCCCAUCCAUUUCACCACUUACACAGUCCACUAUCUGAAAUUGGUUCUUUUCUAGUUUUGCAUUGAUUUUGAUAGAGUUUCAGCUUUUCUAUAUUAAAUGUCCACCUCUUUGUUCUUGUUUUUCUACACCGGUGCUGUUCCAAGAGAAUUUUUUUUAAGAUUUUAUUUAUUUAUUUUGAGAGAGCUUGUGAGCGGGGCGGCGGCAGGGGUGGGGUGUGGAGGGCCAGAGAGAGAAUCUCAAGUAGACUCCAUGCUGAGCAUGGAGCCCGAAGUGGGGCUCAAUCUCAUGACCCUGAGAUCAUGACCUGAGCUGAAGUCAAGAGUUGGAUGCUUAACUGACUGAGCCACCCAGGCGCCCCACCACUGUAGCUACUAUUAAAUUUAAAAAGCCGGCUAGUGGCUGCUAUAUUGAACAGCACAAUUCUAGAUUCACAGAGCAACAGAAAAUUUACUCUUCCAUAUCUGGUCUUUGGAGAUCACCACGCUAAGCAACACUGACUAAUAGAAAUAAGAGUCACAAGUUAUUUAAAUUUUUCUAGAAGCUAUGAAAAAGGCAAAAAAAACCCAAGUGAAAUUAAUAAAUUUUAGCCCAGUAUAUCUGAAGUGUUACUAUUUCAGUAUAUACUCUAUAAAAAUGACUGAGAUUUUUUGGGUACUGUUUUCAAUUUAUACUUUACAGCACAUUGUGAUUUGAACUAAGCAUAUUUCAAGGGCUCAAUAUCCACUCGUGGGUAGGAGGCCAUCCUUCUGGACAGUACAGAUUUAGAAUAUGAGAAAAGUUAUCCCGUCAUUUCUCUUAGCUGUGUGGCCUCUUUCAGCUGUUUCUUUACUUUUGAGUAUUUGAAUUUUACUGCAUUCCUCCUAACCUUUCCCAUUCCUGUUAUGUUGGCAGUUUUUUUGAAGCAGUUAACUUACCUCAGUUACCGUUUUCAUGGACUACAGUUACCUUUUUCACUGGCUAAAGGGUCUUAUAUUGUGAAAUUAUUAAUCCACCAGAAUCCAGCAGCAGAACUAGAAUUUUCCCCAUCCCCCGCCGGCCCCCGCCCUGCACCCCAUCUACAAUGGCAAGUGGGCAAGUCAUUGUGUGUCUGUAAUGCAAUUUCCUUAUUAAAGCCCUCUCUUUUCUCAACUUCCCUAACGUACUAAUUCUGAAGAACAACCCAUUUUAAGACUUCCUAUGUAUCCCAAGUGGAUUUACUCCUUGCACUAUGAAAUGGGUAGUUGGCACUGUGAACUUGCAUAGUGCAAGAGGGACUUGCACUAUGAACAAUAGGUAGGUUUCUUUUCCCAAGGCUCUGGUCUGUUGCUUUUCACUUGGCUUCUUUAUGCCAUAGAUCACAUUGCACACUGGAAAUGUACAAGCUCUUGCUGAUGUCCUUGCCCAGGAGAUGCUCAGGAAGGUGGUCCAGUACUGUUGUCUUAUACACCCUACUAGGCUCUUUAAAGAAGGUAGAUUAACGGACUGUAGAUUCCAGCAGGGCAGACUGGGGGCAGAAUUGGCUGCCUGGUAGAUAUUCUCUGAAAAUUUUGAUAAAAAUCCCAUUUUCCUCAGCUGAGCUCUACUUUGUGGAGUUUGUGCUUGUUAUUUAAGGUUUAUUCCUUUGAAUAUACUUAAAUUCUAGUCCUAUAAAUGUGGUGGAGUCUAGCAGUUCCUCUAUUCCUGCCCUGACGGACAAAUAGGGGAAACAUGUGGUGGAUGCAGAAUUCUUUUCCAUCUAGUAUAAGGCUAGUUGGUAUAGGUCAUGGGAAGAGGCCACAUGAGCCUCACUGCUCAUGUGGAGUGGCCAGGUGGAUUUCAGAUUGGAUUACAAGGUGUGAGCUGUUGCUAAAAUGGAUGGAAUAGAAAUCAUAUUCUUAAGAGUUGUGGUUCAUUAGUUACUGUAUGUCCCAGGAUUAGUCAUUUCCUUUCUUUGGCCUCCGUGUUUUAGGUAAGAUUAAACGAGAUAAUCUUAUUAUGCCCAGUUUCAAGGUUCUGUGAUUCUUUGAACCCAGCCAUUCUGUUUCUUUCUGGAAGUUUGUAGGUAAUUUGAACCUUAAACUACAGAAAGUCCAGUGGAACUCAAAGUUUUGGUCUGGUUACUGCUCUGCUGCUUUUUCUGAGUUGGACAGUCUCACACUGCAGCUUGAGAAUUUCAUUAGGAGAGACAAGUAGGGAGGUUCUUCAUUCCCACCAGUUAGGUCCUCUGGAGCAGGUAGACCAGAGGCAUUUUUCUUGGUUGAACCAACAAUUUUUCUUUCAUUAGGAGAGAAAAGUAGGGAGGUUCUUCAUUCCCACCAGUUAGGUCCUCUGGAGCAGGUAGACCAGAGGCAUUUUCCUUGGUUGUAGAUAAUGGUACAAAGGAUCCAUUUAUGAGCCCUGAGAAGAGGAGCAGUUAACACAUUAUUGGGCACUUACUCUGUUAGUGUCAGGGAGGGGAUACUUUGCAUGGUUGGCCUCAUUUUAUCCUCACAAUAACCCUGUAAAAUUGACACUAUUAUUAUUUUCCCCACCUUACAAGUGGGGAAAUCCAGGGGAAGAGAAGCAAAGUAACUUGCUCAAAGUCUCAUUAAUAGUAAGGGUAAACAGAUUAUUCAGUCAUAGGCUGCCUGCCUGACUCCAAAGGCAGAGCCUCUCCUUCAACCAUUGCCUGUCCCUGACUUCUGGGAGAAGAUGUGGGAGGCCACUGGUGGCACUCUUCUGUCAGGGGUCUUGAGCCUGCUGGGGAAGGGAUUCUGGUCUUGCUCCAGUACUCCGAUGUUUAUUUUGAAGUGGGCGGGUGGAGGCUUUGUGUAAACACAUUCAGAGUCCUAGGGCAGAGAAGAACUCUCACUCCAAUACUGUCCUGUCUUGCUUGAAGGCCAUAUGUUCUUCAGUUUCCUUCUUUCCCCAUAUCCAAUUUGCUCCUCAAGCUAGGUUCUCUUUGAAGAGUUGGACACAGGUUGUUCAAUUUUGGGUAAGUCUUCUGGGGAUGUUGUAGUUUGACUUCCAAACUUUUUUGACCUUCACAGAAUAAAACGGGAUGGGACACCCUGUGACCAUUUACUGUACCAUAUUUUCCUGCUUUUCACUUUUUGUGUGACAUUCACAUUUUAAGUGUUACAGAAUUGCCAAAUACAGUAGCAGUCAGACUACUUAGUAUUAAUGUGGAUCUAAACUAAAUUAUUGCUUAAAAUUUUAGUUUUAAACACAAUUUUUGUAGCCUGUAGUCAUAUGUGUGAAAAAAGAAUGUAUAGUUUUAUAGUAAGGAUUUACAUAUUUGGUUCAGUUUGUGACCUGUGAGGACUGUCUUUGGGGCUGCUAAUUUAAAUUUGGGGAAUCUCUGAGUUAUAAAGGAUAAGCAGGGGUAAAGAAAAACUUGUUGACCUUACCCAUGUCCCUUGAGGCAGAGAAGGAAAGGAACAGUGGUGAUGGGCGUAGUUCAUCUUUUCAAUCUGAAGGGAAAAGAGUAUUCCAUGGGUGGUGCUCUGCCCAUUGGGAGCCUGUGGAGAAUUUCCUGAUUGGCUUUCAAGACUUGAUCGAGCAUCUGAGCUGCUCCAGCAUGCCAAGGUAGGCAACAGGAGUGUGAUCAUGGCUUUGGUUUGUUGAAGCAGUGAUCCUGGCACCCGGACAUUGUGGUGCUGUAUUCUUCCUCUUCAAAGCCUGGAAAUGGGAUUGAAGGCUGGUUCCUUUCUUUGUUAGGCUUUUGGGAAGGGAAGAGGGCAGUGUAAUACCUGAGCAUGAAAGACCAAUGAGUUUCAGCUUGACUGGCACUGAAUUGGAUCCAGGAGAAGAGAGGUGUUCAUGGAUUUAUGAAGACCAGAAUUAGAAUCUCCAAGGCAGGGGAGGGGAUGCCCUAGAAAAUGGACAAGUCACUCCCUUUUGGCAGAGUGGGUUUCCCUAUCAACAACGGUAAACCAGCUAGCUGUGGGAAGGAAAGCUCUGAUUUUAUCAUUUGCCCAAUUUCUGUGGCUUAAAACUUUACCAGAUUCAUUUACAAAAUUACUUAAUAUUUAACACUUGUCUCUUGUAAGACCAUACAAGCCUGCUCCAGCACACUGCGGCAAGCCUCCCUCGAGGUGCUUUGAAUUGCUAUCAUGUGCUUAGGUCUAUGCUGUGUGAAAUAGGAGAUGCUGAAGCAGUGUUUGAUCUAAGGAUGUUAUUUUACAGACAGGUGAGGAG